AGGCAGUGUUUUGAGUGGUGUGGAGUAUAAAAGCAGCUUCUUCAGUUUGCUCUAGCAUGAGCCACUCUUUCCAUCAACACACAGUCUAAUUGUAAAAUCCAGCAUUUACAAUUUCCUGCUUCAAAAUGGCAUCCAAGAAAGUGUUGAUUGUGUAUGCACACCAGAGCUCUGGCUCGUUCAACUCUGCAGCCAAAGACGCUGCGGUGGAAGUUUUAACUGCUAAGGGCUGCACAGUAGAAGUAUCUGACCUGUAUGCCAUGAAGUUUAAGGCCACUGCUACAGCUGAGGACAUCACUGGAAAAGUUAAGAAUGCAGAUUACUUCUGUUACGGAGAGGAGACCAAACUGGCAUGGGAGGCAGGAAAGCUUACUGCUGAUAUCACUGAAGAACAACGCAAACUCACUGAGGCUGACCUCGUCAUUUUUCAGUUCCCCAUGUACUGGUUCACUGUUCCUGCCAUCAUGAAGGGCUGGAUGGACCGGGUGCUCACAUUGGGCUAUGCCUUCACCCACGAGAAGCGCUACAGCCAGGGAAUCUUCAAGGACAAGAAGGCCAUGCUCUCCUUUACCACUGGGUCUCAGGAGUCCAUGUUCAGUGCAAAUGGCAUCAAUGGAGACAUGAAUGUCACCCUUUGGCCACUGCAGAAUGGUAUCCUGCAGUACUGUGGCUUCCAGGUCCUGGCUCCUCAGAUCUUCUGGGCCCCGUCUCACGUUCCCUCUGAGGCACGCGGUACCAUGCUGGAGGACUGGCGCACACGCAUGCAAGGCCUCCUGGGAGAAAACCCACUUGCUUUCACUCCCUUGGACUGCUUGAACGACAUGAUGUCCAUCAAGCUCCUGUUGCGAAAGAUUUUACUGAUUGACACACACUAAACUUAGAUCAAAGUUAACUAUUCACUGAAGUUUCCUAACGUUGACCCUUUCAAGCUAAAUAAAUUAUGUGGUCAUGACCCUUGACAAAAUGAAUCAGUAACCCCUUUAUUUAAACACUGUCCACCCUAUGUGAUUUUGACCUAAUUCUCCCUUCGCCAAACUACUUUUAUGCUUUGAUCUUAGUUGCCUACAAAUUUCAAAAUAUGCGUCUUCGUAUAAUGCCUUUCUAGCUCUGCACAUUUUUGUCCCAUCUCUAGAAUAGUAUCCUCAUUCUGAUCCUUCAGAUCUGCCUGGCCUCUUGGGAGAAACGCCCCGCUCCUUCCCUCUUUAUGGGGAGAAUCGUUUCCAGCUGAAACUCAUUUGAAACCUGUUGAACAAAGAAUUUGCUCUGAUAGUGGGAACUUGCACCUGGGGAAGCCAUUCAUGCCCCACAGAUCAAAGCUGGAGGGUUGUGAUGAGCGGUAUUCUUUGUGGAUCUGUAACAGGGAUGCAACUUUUUUUUUAUUGGGGAAGUUUUGACUUAAAUGUUUGGGUGGGCUGAAUUGUGUGCACUGUUUUGAACAAAUCAAUCGUCUCGCAUGCUGUCUGGCUGAAGUGUUCUACCGUGUAUACAGACAUGCUGACGACCAAAGAAACUGCUUGCAAGCAGGUUUGGGCUCCACACAGACGCUUUUCCCAGAGAAGCAGCUUUUGUUUGGGUAUGGAGGAAAUGAGAUGGGGGAGGGGCAGGGGGGCCACACUUGAGGAAAUGGCAUUGCACUCUGAUGUCCAGAGCACAGCUUGUGACAUGUAGGAACUCAACGGUGUGCAUAUUUCACAGCUGAGGUUUCCCAAGGUCAAUGUUUGUUUGUGUGCAGUCAGGUCCAGUUUCAUAAUAACCUGUCUCUGCAGCCGGAACAAUGUUAAU